UUGCUUCUCUGCCGCAGGGGUUGAGGUUGUAGUAGUAAUAGUGGUUUAAAUUCCAAUCAGUACCUUCAAUUCAUCAUUACUAUGCUCGAUACCAACGAAUUGUCCCUGCGUACAAUCCGUCCUUGACUACUAUGUUCCAAACCCGCCAUAUAUGCCGAGCUACACGGGCUCGUCUGUCCAUUUCACCAUGGAGGAGGACCCACGCAAUGGGGAUGGCACUCAGCUCGAAGAUUCAACCGGUUGAUGAUGAUAAUACUUCUCCUACAGAGAAUAACUCAAGACCAACAGACCAUCCCACACCAUCAAGACAACCUCAUCAACAUUCAACACCAACCAAAUCACCACCCCACAACCGCCACCGUCUACACGAAUUCUUCAUCGGCAAAACCGGCGGCCAAAUCUUCCACGAAAUGAUGCGCCUCCACAACGUCAAACACAUCUUCGGCUACCCAGGCGGCACCAUCCUCCCCAUCCUGGACGCGCUCUACGCCUCCCCCCAUCUAACAUUCAUCCUCCCCAAACACGAACAAUCAGCCGGCCACAUGGCCGAAGGCUACGCGCGUGCCUCGAUCUCCUCAUAUCCCACCCCCGGCAUCGUCCUCGUGACCUCCGGCCCCGGCGCAACGAACCUCAUCACGCCGCUGCAGAACGCCCUCAGCGACGGCACCCCGCUCAUUGCUUUCUGUGGACAGGUGGCGACGAGCGCCAUUGGGAAGGACGGGUUCCAGGAGGCGGAUGUGUUGGGGAUGACGAGAUUUUGUACGAAGUGGAAUGUGGGCGUUAAGCAUGUGAGGGAGUUGCCGCAGAGAAUUGAGGAAGCGUUUUGGGUGGCGUUGAGUGGGAGGAUGGGGCCUGUGGUCGUGGAGGUGCCCAAGGAUGUAGGGGCGGGGAUAUAUUCUUGAUGUGUACUAUGGAUUGUUUGUGUUCGGGGCUCGUUGGGGGAUAGUAGUUAUGGUCAGGUUGUGGAUGUUUAUGAAGGGUUGUUGUUGCAAGUGGAAAGAGGAAAACAAUAUGCCGUCUGGGUCUAUCUAUCAUUAUUUUAUAGUGGUAAAAGCUUUUAACGCCAUGUUAGGU